AUUAUAACGUAGCAUGAAAAUUGAUUCUAUAAAUAAUUUGAAUUUUAUAGUGAAUGAAUGUUAUAUUGGGAGACGUGGAAUAUAUAAUAUGGUACCAUGUAAUUGGAAUUUGGAUCUGCCUUGGCAUCUUCGCUCACGAUUCCUAGCAUCUAAUCUCAUAUGCUUCUCUGAUUUCCUUCUUCCUCUUGUAUCCGACGGCUCACAUUUGUCACCCCACUCCCAUAUAUUCCCUACAUUAAAGUACUCCACUUACCUAAGAGAAAAGGAAAAGGAAAACUGAUCAGGAAAAGUUUCAAAGAAAAUUGAUCAAGACAUGAAUGCAUUGGAAUCUCCGCUUGAAGCUCUUGCUUUCAGUUACUUGAGCUUCGGUUUCAUUACUAUCGUCAACAAUGUCUGGACAUGGGUCGCGGUUCUCACGGCCGCCAUUAGCUUCUGGAGAAUCAAAACAUGUUCGACGUUACCUGCACCGGAGCCACGUGCAGACUUUUCCGGCCAUGCCCCAUCUCCACCCCCGCCGACGCCAACUUUGGUAACGUCGUCUAUGUCUUCACCGUCAUCACAGGUAGAAAGGGAGUCAACUGAUCAGCAGGCAACAAUAUCAACAGCUACUACUAUUAUGUUUCAUGUUGUUGCUUUGACCAAAGAAGAAGGAAAAAAAAGGAAACUAACGGUGUAUUUUAAGCAAGAUAUUGCCGGUGGAGAAUAUGACGGUAACGGUAAUGAGGAAGGAGAAGACGGCGGCGUAGAGUUGAGUAAGGAGCUGUUUGAGAAUUGGGAGAGUGCGGUGAAAAUGAGGAAAGGAGAAAUGGAGUGGUACUCUUACCAGGACAUGAGGGUUAUUGACGGCAGCGUCGUUAGGUUGUGGGACGGUUGUAGACGGCGGAGGAAUGCAGAAACCACUGCUUUCUCGGUUGGUGUAGUUAGUACGUCGUAGUUUAGGAGUCGUACGUAGCUAGUAGGUUGCUGUUAUAAUUAGUAGAGAAUGUAAUAACGGUUUUCACCACUAUGGAAUUUUAGCAAGAAAAAUUGUACAUAUUCUAGCUAUUAGUGUUUAGUGGCGGAGCUACUAUAUACUAUAAAUAACACCACCCUUUGAUUAGUUAAUGAAUUUAUUUUUUUAUAUUUAAAAUCCUAGCUUUGUUAGCGUUUGUAA